CUGCACCGAUGCGCAAGCUAACUACAACCAAACUGUACAUCAAACAGCGCAAAUUAAAAGUCCUACUCACCUUCUCCUGGCAGGUCGUCACACCAUGUUUUGCAGUCUGGAUUGCGAUAAAGCACUUCCGCGAACUGCGACAACAUUUGGCAGGAGGGAUUAUAAGGGACUGUUUCAUGGUGUUGAUGGAACUCACGUGGUUUACUUUGCGAGGUAUUUGGAAAGUGCGUGCGGGAGUACUCUGGGUCGUAGUGGUACUCUAAGAGAUUUGAGGGUAUCGAAGAAGGGAGUGCCCCAUGGUCUUUGAAGUGAUAAC